CGCAUUAAACAAAAACAUAAAACCCAAAAUAUACAUUAAAAAGACGCACCCAAACAACACCCCAAGGAUAAACCUCAGGACUAAAUCUGACAGCCAGUAGACAAACAAACCACAGAAAGCUCACUGAUUGCUUGAGUUUACGGAUACUUCAAAACAGACAGAAUGAUUCCAUCAGUAUUGACGUCACUUUUGCUGGUCACGUGGAUUUGUUCAUCAAAUGCACAGGGUUCCGACGCCAUGGCAACUAUAUCGUGUUAUGCUUGUACAUAUCGCAAAAUUGGAAGCGCAUCAACUGGGGAUAAUUGUAAUGACGUCUUACAGGGAACGUCAAACAGCGUCGCUAAUAUCACAUGCGACAGUUCAUGCGUGAAACGUAUUACUCAGGGCGGAGUGUUUCAAAUCAAACGAGGGUGCUAUUCAGACAUGUCAGACGUUGGUCAAGGUCUGUGCGAGGACUACGUUGAUCAACCAAUUCCAAACUCCGACCCACCUCAGACCAUGACACAAACUUGUUGCAACGAUCAAUUCUGUAAUUAUGGAAACAUCAAUACACCUAUGAUGUAUCUUAAUAUGAUGGCUAUUUUGUAUGCAUUAUUCAUGAAGUGAUGUAUUUAUUAGUCUUCUAUUUUUAGACUGAAUACAACCAUCUAUAAGUGGUUGUUUAAUGAUGCUUCAUAGUUUUGGCUUAAUAUUGAAUCGAUCAUAACAUGCAAAUUAUAUUGUGCAAUAUAUUUUUAUUACACUGUUUUUUUACCGUCAGUCGUGAAGACAACUCAUGUAUAAAAGUAACUUUAACCAUUAACUAAUGUUUCAAACUUCUCUAAAAAGGGUUCGGAUACUUCAUUAGCGGUAGCAGUAAAUGUAGAAAUAAAAAUUGUACCAUUAUUUUUAAUCCAAUUUGUAGUGUUAUGGGCCCCUCUGUAUUUUCCCAAAGUUCUUGAGUGUUUUGAAGUGCUGCAAUGGUUCAUUUGACAAAGUUUACUUGGUAAAAUAAAAAUACAAGGCUGUGGAUGUGGAGACUAAGUUAAGUCUAAUAUCAACCCAAUGUGUGCAUUUAGGUGGCUGAACAUUCUUAGUCAAGUUCAGCAGGUUUUGUUUGCUCUAAAAUCCAAAGUUCAAAUUGAAUCCAAAUUGUUAUAUUUUUUACUUUCUAUUUAUAAAAAGUUAAAGUAAAGAGCAAAUGAACACAUUUUUUUCUUAAGCGAAAACAAAACUAAUACCAUUUUCUACCUGGCUUGUUUAGUAUGAAAUUGUUUAGAAUUGUAUUAUUUUGUAUUUUUGAUAAAAAUUUUCACGCUGUACAAGUUUUUUAGUGGUGAUUUAUGAGAUAAAAAUGUAGUGUUCAAUGACUAACUUCACCAUUUUGAUUAUAUUAAUAAGGUGUAUACCAAAAAGAUUGCACCACUGAUCAAAAUAAAAAAAGUUAUAUGAAUGAGAAAUUAA